UCAAUAUAUAAGCAACAUAUAGAAGCACAUUCCCUUUCACUUUGAAAUUGUUUAGAAAACUGUGAUGACUUAUUACAAUCAAAACCCUCCCCCAGUUAACAUUAACGUUAGUGCUCCACCUCCUGUAGGGUAUCCUCAACCUGGUUAUCAAGGCUAUCCACCACCACUACCACCACCACCACCACCUCCUCAGCCUCAAGUUUUUGUGACUCAAGCUGCACCUCAAAACUCAGCAGCAGGAGAAACAGGUUUAAUGGCAUGCUUGGCGGGCUUGUGCUGUUGCUGCUGCUUGGAGGAGACAUGUUGUUUGUGCUGUUUAUGAGAUUUUGAUUACAUUAAGAAUUUACAUGUUCAGAAUCAGAUCAAGAUUGGGAAACUUUAUUUAGUGUUGCUAUUGUUAAUUUGUUA